AUGACCCUUCCCCCAGGUUUUGAAACAUCUGAUCCUUCUAAAGUGUGCAGAUUAACUAAGUCCCUCUAUGGUCUUAAGCAGGCAAGUAGACAAUGGAAUCAAAAACUCACUGAUGCCUUGUUGUCUCAAGGAUUCACUCAGGCAGUUUUUGAUACUUCUCUGUUCACAAAACAAACCGGUUCUCAUUUUUUAGCUUUGUUAACUUAUGUUGAUGAUAUAAUUUUGGCAAGUGAUAACAUUGAUUUGAUAAAUAAAGUCAAAAAAUUCUUACAUGAUACUUUUAAAAUUAAAGACCUCGGCCAACUCAAAUUCUUUCUUGGCUUAGAAGUUGCCAGAUCCACAACUAGCAUCAAUCUAAGCCAAAGGAAGUAUGUGAUUGAUCUCUUGGAGGAAACAUGUUUUAUAAACAGCAAGCCAGUAUCUAAUCCUAUGAUUACCUCUCAAAAGCUUGAUAAAGAUACUGGUACCCCUUUACCAGAUGUUACCUCUUAUAGAAAAUUAGUUGGAAAAUUAAUUUAUUUAUGCAAUACAAGGCCAGGCAUUUGUUUUGCUGUCCAGCAUCUUUCUCAAUUUUUGGAUUGCCCUACAGAUCUUCAUAUACAAGCCGCGCAUAGAAUUCUUCGAUACUUAAAAGCUUGUCCUGGCCAAGGAGUGUUCUUCUCUGCUUCAUCAUCUCUACAGUUGAAAGCCUUCUCAGAUUCAGAUUGGGCUUCAUGCCCUGAUACCAGGAGAUCUAUCACCGGCCACUGUGUUUUUCUGGGAGAUAGUUUGAUAUCUUGGAAAUCGAAGAAGCAACAAACUGUUUCCAAAUCUUCCUCCGAAGCCGAGUAUUGUGCACUUGCUGCUGUUACAUGUGAAGUUCAAUGGCUUACUUAUUUAUUCAAAGACUUGCAUAUUCCUCAAGUUGCCCCUGCUCUUGUGUUCUGUGACAAUCGAUCAGCUCUUCACAUUGCUCAUAACCCAGUUUUUCAUGAGCGUACAAAACAUAUUGACAUAGAUUGCCACAUUGUACGGGAAAAGUUGCAAGCUAGUUUGAUUCACCUAAUGCCUAUAGCUUCUGAAGGCCAAUUAGCUGACUGUUUCACUAAGCCCUUGCCACCUCACUCAAUUAAUAGUUCAAUCCGCAAGCUGGGCAUUCAAAAUUUGUAUGCUCCAGCUUGA